UCGAAGUCUUGUCUGUGUGAGAUUCACUUCAAGAUCCUCUCUAUCUUCGUGUUUCAAUAUUUUCAGUUUUACACGGUUCAAUCUACGAGCAACACUUGUAUCAUUGUAUCUUCGAAGUACUAUAAAGCACAUACAUUGUUCUUUUUUUCUCGUACAAUUAAUACAAUUAACCUCUUUUAAUAUCACCAACGUUUUCCAGUAGUGAUUGUGAUUGGGAUAGGAUUAUAAUCCGCGAUUCCUUUCCUGAAAUCCGACAAUCUACAUAGUACGUCCGAGUGGUUAAACAGCUUACGACAUCUGUUGGCUGGCAUUUGAACUUUUUUUUGUCUCUAAUUCCGCGAAAGUUUGCAUAUGCAAGCUGAUAUUUAUGUCAUUAGUGUUUUUUUUAUUCUAUUCUGUUAAAUUGAAAAGUGGUAUGGACAGUGAAGAAAGAGUAUGCACGAACAUAAAAAUCUCCCGAUAAAUGGUGGAUCCGUGAGCUUUGAACGAGUGAAAUGAAAAGUGUACAACAAAAUAAAAAAAUGCAACAACACACUCGAGAGAGAGUUUUGCCAGCACUUUUGUUUCAUUUGUUGGCUGUGUCGUUGCUUGGAUAUGGACAUGCUGAUCAUGGACAUACUGACCCAAUUCUAUUCAAUACUAUUGGACAUGGUGGGAUUUUUGAAGAAAAGCGCAAUUUUACCAAGGACACUUGGAGAACUGGUCGCGGCCCAAGAGGUUGUGGUGUCAGCUCCAAAGGAUGGACCAGAGUUGUCGGAGGGCAACCAGCUAAUCCUAAAGAAUGGCCGUGGAUGGUCGCGCUCAUUCGGAGAGACUCUGAUCAGUAUUGCGGAGGAGUUUUGAUCACUGAUAGACACGUUCUUACUGCUGCUCACUGUUUGUAUGGAGUUAAAAUAAGAAACAUAAUAGUCAGACUGGGUGAAUACGAUUUUUCCCGACCCGAUGAAACACGAUCUAUGGACUUCAGAGUAGUGGAUGUCAAGAUUCAUGAAAAUUUCAAUCCGUCCAGUUACGAGAAUGACAUUGCAAUACUAAAAAUUAACCGGCCAACUAUCUUUAAUAACUACAUCUGGCCAAUUUGUCUACCGCCUGAAGGGACUUCCUUUGAAAAUAAAAAUGCUAUCGUCAUUGGUUGGGGCAGCCAGUACUACGCCGGUCCGCAGAGUUCGAUCUUGAUGGAAGUCCCGGUGCCAGUGUGGCCGAAGCACAGGUGUGCCCAUGCUUUGGCCCAGAGACUCCCGGAUACCAUAAUUUGUGCGGGAGGUUACGAGGGUGGACGAGACUCCUGUCAGGUAUUUUUUAUUGGGACAAUGCGAGUAGAUAUUUAUAGUUAUUUCAGAGAAAUUUUUCCACAAGAGAAUAACAAAAAUUGGAGAAUUUUUGGUACACUGUUAAGAAUUUGUGCAGUGGACUUUUAUUACUUACCACAGUUAUUAAGUACUCUUGACAGUCUUGAAUAAAUUAAUAUUCACAUUAAAUUAAAACAAUAACAAACGUUACAUUUUUAUUUUCCUAAGUAUUUUUUAGAGUCAAGAUGCGCGCGCAUGUCUCAUGCUUUUCCGUGGUUCAAUCGUCCCCGGGACUGCUGUGUCAACUGACCCCUUAUAAUUUUAUGACAAUUAAUAGUAAAUAAUAAAUAAAUAAACUAUUAUAUCACUAUAAAGGAAGUUAGAUAGAUAGAUAGAUAAUAGUUUAUUGAGCUUCUAGGACAAGUACAUAAUCCAUAGCCCAGGGAGCACUUUUAGAAUAAAAAAUAUAAAAUAAUUAGUACAUUUAUAAAUAAGUUAUUCGUUUAAAAUAAAAGCUCUCAGGCGAUAGGCCUGAAGUGUGAAGAAAUUAAUGGCUUUAAUAUUUUUGUGUUCGAAAUUAUUUAGUAAAUCGCGGAUAUUAAGAGGUGUAGAGUUAUUAGAUUUAAGAAAUUGUUGACGAGGUUGAGCCAAGACCAGGCAAUUGAGCAUGAAGUAUUCGACUGUAUCUCUCUCAUCCGUGUUGCAAAUUGAGCAUUUUGAGUUGUUGUAUAGUUCAUAAUAGCAGCCAAGGAUUUUGAAUUUAAAAUGAAAUUUACUGGCAAGUCUCAGCUGCAUAAAAAGUUUGGUAAACUUCAAGUUUAAUCUUUUUGACAGAUAGCUGCAACAACCCCGCGGGUUGUCAUUUUCAUAAGGCGUUUGUAAGUAAUGAGUGUUGCUGGCAAGUAGCAUAUCCUCCCACCAGGUUUGGUUCUUGAAUCUGUUUAGGAAUGUGUCCCGGUAAGUACACCAGGUGUAUAAAUCUAGUUUUUCUAGACGCGGUACAAUUUCAGGGUAGUACUUUUUGAUGAUCUCCAGGAAGUUACGAAACCAGUUGAAUUUAGUCUUGGGUUGAGUAGCCAGGGAGAUAUUACUCAUUCGUAUAAGGCAGAUCUUUGGAAGUCGUGUGUCAUCCAUCGCCAGAAUCUUGCAGAUCCAGUCCCAGGUUGCUUUCAGGACAGCAUGCGCUAGUCUGGGUCUACCUAGCUCCACUCUCAAGAGUGCUCCGGCAAUAGUUUUUGGUAGGCCGAAGACUCGUUUGAUAAACUCACACUGUAUCUUCUCUACUGACUCUAGGUUCGAAAGUGCCCAUAUGGGAGAAGCGUAUAGUAGAAUAGCUUGAACGAUGCUAUCAAAUAGCUUCAUGAUACAUGUUACCGAAUCGGUCUUGGUCGCAAAGAUGAUUGCAGAGAUCGAACUAAGCGCUGCACGUGCUUUGUUGAUAGCAUUGAUAGCUGUGGGAUGGCUGAAACCAUUUGCAGAGAUAGUUAGACCCAAAUAUUCAUAACUAUCUACAAUUUCAAUUUUUUGCUCGCCGUAGAAGAAGUUUAAGUCUCUCGGUAGGCGACCAGCGCUUCGGCAGUAGAUUAUUUUUGUUUUAUCAACAUUGACUGUUAGUUUGUUGGAUUGGCAGUAUUGUAUGAGCAGAUUCAGUUUCUUCUGGAGGUCAGUCUUGGAGUAGGCGAGUAGCGCUAGGUCGUCCGCGUAUAACAAGGACAAUAUGUCAUUUAUGCCAUUAAUGUUGAUGCCGAGGCAACCGUUGCCCCUGAAAAAUUCCUCAAGAUCUGAAACAAAUAAAAUAAAUAACAAAGGGCUCAGUAUUUCACCCUGUAGGACUCCCUCUCCAACUUCGAAUUCUUUUGACAUUAUGCCGUUGCUUUGUAUUUUGAAGAUUGCAAAGUUGUACAUUUUACGGAGCAGUCUGACCAGUUUUGCACUUACACCCAGGUUGUGGAGCUUCAUCCAAAGGAGUUGAUGGUUAAUGGAGUCGAAAGCUCUCCUGAAGUCCACAAAAAGGAUGUAUAAUUUGGCCAGAGGUUGACGCAAACGGAAGUUUAUAGCUGAGAGUAAAUUAAACAAAUUGUCCAUACAGCCUUUUUUGGCCUGAAAGCCAGCUUGCGAUUCAGGGAUGGUUCCAGUUUCACGAGCCCAUUUUUCCAACCGUUUGUUUAGCAUGUAGGUGAAAACCUUGGUUAUGUGGUUGACAAGUGCGAUGCCUCGGUAAUUUGAGGGAUCACUACGGCCACCUUUUUUAUGUAUCAUUGUUAUCAAAUUAGAAAACCAGUUGCUGGGUAUUGUUUCGGUGUCUAGUACUUUAUUGAAUAAACAGAGAAUGUAGUAUUUCCUAUUGGAGGGUAAAGAUUUGUAGAAGUACAUGAAAUAUUUUACGUACUUUCGACCGGCUAUAAAGAAAAAUAGUAUACACUACACGGGCAGAAGUUUGAGAGCUCUGAACUGCGUGCCGUGAUGCCCUCGACUACGCCUCGGGCAUCAUGGCGCGCAGUGCAGAAAUCUCAAACUUUAUGCCCUAAUAGUGUAAUAUACUAUUAACUUGAGACAAAUUGUUUGAAGUAUUUGUUAGUAACUUGGUAUAUAAAAUUUGGCUUAGCUAAAUAAAAUUUAUUUCAGUCUAAAAACUCCUUACUCAGAUGUUUUUUGGGUUAAAACCCACAUUUAAGUUAUUGCUCUGGCUGAUAGCUGAGUAAUCUUCAAAUAGAUGAUAUGUAUACCUCUUACAUAAGUUAUAUCUUUAGCACAUAAU